ACAACAUUGCGCUCCUCAUAUAUAUACGCCAAAGCCUAAUUUAUAUUCUGGCGUCACACUUCACUGUAUUGAUCUGACAGGAUAGUCACUGCGUAACAGGGAGGGUAUCAUUACACACACGAAGGCAAUAUGCUGAGCACAAAACAAGACUGGCUUCAGGUGUUACCUUAUGCGGGUCUGUUGGGUUGUUUAUCCUACAUCGCUUAUCAGGCUUAUAGAAAGCCCAGAGGGACCCGUAUCAACAACAAAGUUGACAAAGAGAAGGACAAGGUUGUCAAUAUGGUCGACAUAGAAGAUGUCGCAGAUAAGACGGCAUAUUGCAGAUGCUGGAAGUCAGGAAAGUUUCCGCUAUGCGACGGAUCCCAUAACAAACACAAUGCAGAAAACUGCGACAACGUUGGACCAUUGGUGUUUAAGAAGAAAGAGUAGAAGUCAUGUACAGCUUAUAUAGUGGGAAAUAUCAUGUACUCCAAACAGAUGCAGUGUAUUUAAUAAAUUCCUUUUUAUUUAAUGUAAACGUUGCUUUUAAGUUGUCUAUUGUGGAUCAAAUGCACUUAUGUAUAUCCAAAUAUUUUCAACAGUGAAGUCUAUGCAUUUGAUAAUUAUGAUUUUGUUAAAGUGUGUUAAAUAUAUCGUUUGUAGCUGUUUAUCACUGUGAUAUGCGUGAUUUUACGGACCAUUUGAAGUGAAUGAAAGCAACUUUGGGUUAAGUAUAUUUAAAAGGUGGUUUUCCAGAUAAACGCUUUCAUAACAUUGAGAAAUAGCUGUAAUAUCCUGAAAACUCCUUUAAAAGGUAUUUCAAUGUUAAAUGAUACUCAAAGUUGGUACGUAUUUGAAGAAUGAAUAACGGAAAUGGAGGAAACUGUUCCAUAUAUCCAGCGCGCUGCUUUUCUCUUGUUUAAUUUUUUGCUCUGUAAAUGUUUCUUCAUUUUUAUGAAAUUUUCGGCAAAGUUUCUUUGUUACUUAUGUCACUAAAAUUGUAAUUUUUCACUUUUUCCAUCAGGACGAUUAUUAAAUCUAAUUGUAUAAAAUAUUUCGGAAAGAGCUUUGAUGACUAUAGAAAUGUUGAUAUAGUACGUAAUUUAAAAAGAGUACCGGUUCGAAUUUAAAAACGUAAGGAGCAGACUGCAAAAAGUUAUGAUUAUUUACUCAGUGAAUUAGAUCGUGUCUAUGAAAUUCCUUUAAUAAUAUGAAAAUAGGUUGUAAUAUGCCAUUGUUACCACAUGUAUACAAUUAAAUUUAAAUCCAA